UUUGCAACGGAAGGGAUAGGUGGUAUGGGGGCGAUGGUGACGAUGAUGGCAGUGGUUGCAGGAGAAACAGUGAUAACUAGGAUACCCAAUGACCGGUAUGAUGACAACGCUGGUCACCACGACAAAAGUGAUAACGAAGGACACAAUGAGAAAGAAGUGAUAAUGCCGAAAUCCCCUCCAUAUGACGACGAUAUUGGCUAUGACAGUUGUGACGACAUUUCUAAACUGAUGAGCAGACAGAGAAAACAACAAUGGCAAUGGAGGAAAAGGGACGAUUCGUUCGAAAGCAGGAGCGCAUCGCAGAAUCAUUGCUGCCCGUCGUGUACUUUACAAGCCAUCACCCCUCUGAAUGUUGACCAAAUACAACAAAUACGAAGCAACCAAGCGUUGAUCCAACAGAUCAAGAGCAAGCCGAUGCUGGUCUACGACCCGGCAUAUCAACGGUCGGUUGUCGAUCUAACACUGCAGCAGCAGUUUCAGAUAAGGAGGAACAUCCCUCACUUGUUCAUGAGUGUGGACGACUUCAAGAAGUCCAACGUGACGCGGGGUAGAAUAACCGUGCCGGGAGAAGAGAUGCGCAACCGCCGCAAGAGGCAGGCCAUCGGAACGCGGGUUUGUCAGCCGGUACCACGGGUGAAUCCUUUGAUCCUCGCUACCACGGUCGACGGAGAGGUGGUCGAAAUAAUCCAGAUGCCAGGUCAGGGCAUGAAUCAGUGGAUUUUGGAGGAGACGUGUGACAACGCGGCCAGUACACCGCCGUCCACGCUGACUUGCGGCCUAGCAGAAAGACACGUGCCCGCCGCUUUCAUUUCCGUUUCAACUGAACCUUACAUCUUCGAUUUGGCUUAUGUUGUCGUGCAGAGCUGCGUUUCCCUUCAUGGGUGAGGGCGUCCCCACCCUGUCCCCCAUGAUGUCAACAAGAUUGCUGGUGAAUAAAUAAGCAAAUAAAUAAAUAAGCAUAUGAGCAAACAGCACACAGCAUAUAGUACCUGCAUACAAGGACCGUCACACUUUGCACGCGCCAAAACAAGUAAACGUAACAAAAUUAAUACCAACGGCCACAAACUGAGAGCGUUUCACGAUAGUGCCCCUCCCAGAGUUUGCAACGUGUUGGCCAAUUACAAUGCACGAAAUCUGUCGACCCAAUAUGCGUUUGAAAAGGGCCGACUCUUGGAGGCGCACUAUUGCGAAUCGCCGGUAUUAUGCGAAGAUGAAUGACGCAUAAAAUUUAUUCUGUACAAUUCGUACAAAGGUUGUAUGGAUUAUGGUUUAAAUGUAAUAUAGAGUGCUUUUCGUAGAUGUUAAAUCAACCAGGAUACACAUGUACAUGCAUAUAGUUAAGAGGCUGCAAUGAAUUGAAUAUCCAUAAAUGAUGCCAAAAUAUUGUAACCCUUGAAAUUAAAUCUUUGGGUUUCAAUUAACCUUAUUUUAAAUUUUUGUUUUGCAAUUUACCCCAUAUUUUGAUGCUUUUUUGG